UUCCCUUCAGAAAAGGUCAUGGCUAGGGUAGAGAUGGAUUUUACUCCCAGCCAUUGCCAGGACAAUGGGGAAUGGCCAUGAGUUUCAGGAAAGGAAAUUUAUAUGGGUCAUAACAAACACAUUCUUCACUGAGAACAUCUAAGCUCUUGUACAGGGAUCUAAAUUGCCUUUGGAGUCUCUGUCCUUAGAGAUAUCCAAACUCACCUGAACAAGGCUACAAGCAACCAGAUCUGCCUUUGAAGGUGACUCUGCUUUGAAUGGCUGGUUGAACAAGAGAGCCCUAGAGGUUCAUUUCAAUCUGAAUUGUUCUGUGAUUCUGUGUAAUCAGUGACUGGUUAAACCCUUGAGGGGGCUUAUUCCUAUAYCAGUGUGCAGGGUAAAUCUGAAUURCAAGAAUAAACCCAAAGCUAUGCAGAAAUGUGGGGUCAGUGACUCACCCAAGUCACACAGGAAAUCGGUGGCAGAGAGACACUCUCCGGACUCUUAGGAAAAUACUCUUCUGUUGGUGGAAAAGGAAGAGCGUUAAAACACAGUUUCCGAGCCUCUUUUGGGCCACAUCUGCCCUGGCUCAGAGGGGUUUUAGGCACCGUCCUCAGCGCCUGUCAGUGGGAACAGCACGGAGCAGCGCWGCACAGAAGAGAAAGGGUGGAGCCAAGCUCGCUCCGAUCCAGGAUAAGCUGACAAACCCAAAGCACUGAUUAGGAGCCACAAACAAUAUCUGGGACUUCUCCAGCCUCUGGAAACGAUGCGUGAAAUCCCACUGGCGUAUGACCGGUGGAAAACUUGCUCCUUCUACCUGGGCAGCUGCCGGCGGGCUUCCUCGGCUUAAUUUUGCAUCCAGCGUGUGAAGCAGGAGGAGAGACUUCCCACAGUCCCACCCCCAGCUGGACUCUGCCCUCCCCUGCUUUCCUCCGCUCCCGCUGUCCCGUUGCCGGCGCUCGCUCCUUGGAGCCCCGUUUGACCCCGCGCCCGCCGGAGGCUCCUGGAUGAGCAGGGAUCCCUGCAGGGGUGGCGUGGCCCCCCAGCCCUCCCGACCGCCGGCGCCUCUCCCCGAGCCCCACACUGGAUCAUGCAGUGCAUCCGAAGGCAGCCCAAGCGCACCGUGUCCCAGGAAAACAUCCUACUGGAGCAGAGCCGUAGAGUGGCCGCGUUGAAUGGCAUCAGGCUGGGCCUCAARGAUGACAAGGACCUCAAGUUCCUCCUGAAGGGCAGCCAGCUGCUAAAAGUGAAGUCAAGCUCCUGGAGAAAGGAGCGGUUCUACAAGCUCCAGGAGGACUGCAAAACCAUAUGGCAGGAGUCAAAGAAGGUGYUGAGAUCCCCUGAGUCACAGAUCUUYUCCAUUGAAGAUAUUCGGGAUGUGAGGUCAGGCCAUAAAACAGAAGGUAUGGAAAAAUACGCCAAGGAUGUCCCGGAGUAUCGCUGCUUUUCCAUCAUCUUCAAAGACCAGAGGAAAAACCUGGACCUCAUUGCGAGUUCAGARGAUGAUGCCAACCACUGGAUCGCCGGCCUUGGGAAAAUCAUCGCCCACAGCAACUCCAUGAACCAGAAACAGAAACUCCAACACUGGAUCCACACCUGCCUGCGGAAAGCUGAUAAAAACAAAGACAACAAGAUGAGCCUGAAAGAGCUCAAAGACUUCCUGAAAGAAGUGAACAUUGAAGUCGAUGACUAUCAUGCCAAGAAGAUUUUCCAGCCCUGGUGCAGAUUACGGCUGGCCUAUGCCAAAAGGAAAGAAGGUUUUCACUCCUUCUCCCCUCUACGUUUACAGCACUGUGACAAGUCCAAAACAGAGGCUCUGGAGGAUGAUGAGAUAGAGGAAUUUUACAAGAUACUGACAGAGAGGAAGGAAAUAGACAGCAUCUUCCAAAGGUAUUCAGACCCAGAAGGGUUCAUGUCCUGCCAGAACCUGGUGAGGUUUCUCUAUGAGAUGCAGCAGGAAGAAGAUGCYGUUGUUGCUGCCCCUGCCUUAAUUCAGAAAUAUGAACCCAACGAAAGAGCCAAGAGGGGCAACGCCAUGACCAAGGACGGCUUCCUGAUGUACCUGCUGUCAGACGAGGGGAACAUAUUCAACCCCUCCCAUCGGAAAGUUUAUCAGGACAUGACCCAGCCUCUCAGUCACUACUUGGUGUCAUCCUCACACAACACCUAUCUCAUGGAAGACCAGAUCACAGGGCCAAGCAGCACAGAGGCCUAUAUCAGAGCCCUCACCAAAGGCUGUCGCUGUGUGGAGCUGGAUUGCUGGGAUGGCCCCAACUCGGAGCCCGUCAUUUAUCAYGGCUACACUCUCACCUCCAAGAUCCUCUUCAGUGAUGUCAUUAAGGCCAUCAAGAACUAUGCAUUCAAAACCUCACCGUACCCUGUGAUCAUCUCCCUGGAGAACCACUGCAGYGUGGACCAGCAGAAGGUCAUGGCUCAGCACAUGACCACCAUCCUGCAGGACAUGCUCUUGGUCGCCCCAGUCGAUGGAAAYAAAUCCCAGUUCCCAUCCCCAGAGCAAUUGAAAGGGAAGAUCCUGGUGAAAGGCAAGAAGCUGAGCAGGGAGGAAGACCCYGUAAAUGGGAACAACAACCUGGAGGCUGAGGAUGUCUCUGAUGAAGAUGAAGCUGCUGAAAUUGAAGAUGAAUCUGUGAAGACCAAAGUGGAGCAGAAGGGGAAGAGUGACACCUUGAAGCUGGCCAAGGAGCUGUCAGACACAGUUGUCUACUGCAAGAGUGUCCAUUUUGAAGGCUUUGAUGACCCCAGCCAUCCUCGGGCUUUCUAUGAGAUGUCGUCGUUCUCGGAGAGCAAAGCUCUGAAACUGGCCCAGGAGUCUGGAACCAGUUUUAUCCAUCACAACAUCAGGCACUUGAGCCGGAUCUACCCAGCAGGCUGGAGGACAGACUCUUCCAACUACAGCCCCGUGGACCUGUGGAACGUUGGCUGCCAGAUUGUUGCCCUAAAUUUCCAGACAGCAGGCACAGAAAUGGAUGUGUACCAGGGUCGGUUCCAGGACAAUGGGUUUUCUGGGUAUGUCCUGAAACCAGAAUUCCUCCGGGAUGAGCAAACCAAAUUCAAUCCAAAAUCCAUCACAGAAGGAACAUGGGGGACAAAGAAGAAGCUCCUGCUUAAAAUUAUCUCUGGUCAGCAGCUGCCAAAGGUGAACAAAAGCAAAAACUCCAUUGUAGAUCCCAAGGUAACAAUAGAGAUCCACGGUGUCCAGCAGGACAACAACAAGAAGCAAACCAAGGUCAUCGAAAACAAUGGCUUUAACCCCAACUGGAAUGAAGAGUUUACAUUCGACAUAGAAAUCCCUGCRCUUGCCCUGGUCCGGUUUGUGGUGGAGGACUUCGACAUGUCAACCAAAAAUGACUUCAUCGGGCAAUACACCCUUCCCUUCACRAGUCUGAAGCAAGGUUAUCGCCACAUCCAUCUCCUGACCAAGAACGGAGACCCGUACUCCUCCUCCACCCUCUUUGUGUACAUCAACAUCCAGGACUGUGAUUAGCAGCCUGGCUCCUCCAGGCCCCAGUGAGCCUCCUUACAGACCUGGAAGGAAUUCAGUGUGUGAACUCUGCCAAAGCCAGG